CCACAUAUCAAGAUCUCCCCCGGACCCACGAUUCCUAUUGUCACCACCCUCCCUCCCUCCCUGACACCGGGCCUCGCCCGCCGGAAUCACACGAGCCACGAGCAGCGCGUCGCCCCGUCCGGGCCCCACCGGACACCGCCGUCGCCUUCCUCGUCUUUCUUCCCCGCCGAAGUCCGAACCAUCUCGCGCCUCAACUUUCCCACGCGCGACUCGCACCUCCUACGCGCUUCUAGAACCAACGAAGCAUUUGACACCCAGCUCAGCCCUCGCGCUCGCGCAAGCGCGGCAAGCCCGCCCUCCACCGGAUAAUAGUAAUGAUGGGCAAGGAAGAGACGCCGCCGGCCGACGGAGGCGGCGCAUUCGCCUUCAUCUCCAAGGGGUGGCGCGAGGUGCGGGACUCGGCGUCCGCUGACCUGCGCCUGAUGCGCGCGCGCGCGGACUCCGUGCGCGCGCGCGCCGACCGCGAGCUCGAGCACCUCCUCGCGUCCGCGGCGUCGGCGCUCACGGGGCCCGCGCCCCCGCUGCCGCCCGUCGCGACGGGGGCGCCCAUCGCGGAGGUCGAGUUCGUGCGCAGGCGGAUCCAGCCCAAGAUCCAGGAGCUCCGGAGGCACUGCUCGUCGCGGGCGCCCGACGCCCGGUGGCCGCCCGGGGCCGCCCCCGCCCCAGGCGCCAGCAGCCUCCGCAUCGACCUCUCGGGGAUCACCGCCAUUCGCAACGCCAUUGUGGCGGAAGGGGACCGCGGCGGUAGGUGGAGGGUCGCGCGGCGGAAGGGGGACCAGGACGAGGAGGGGAGGAAGGAGUGGGAGGUGGUUCGGGUGAUACAGAGCGGCCUCAAGGAGUUCGAGCGCCGGAGCCUGUCCAGCGGCAUAUUUGCUGGAUUCCGUGGCCGUGGCGAGUUUGUGGAGAAAUUUAGGUUCGGCAUGAAAUCACUGAACAAGGGCUAUCAGGAAUCCAAGGAUGUUCCACCACUGCAUCUAACUGAAAUUGUGGCAUAUCUGGUUCGGCAAUCUGGGCCAUUUUUAGAUCAACUUGGCAUACAGAGAGACCUUUGUGACAAACUAGUGGAGAUGUUAUGCAGUAAACGAAAUGGUCGGCUCAUGUAUCAUUCUCUUUCAAAGGACAGACCCUUAGCUGAGAACAUAUCUGACGAGCUUGAUCUAAGAAUAGCUAGGGUAUUAGAAAGUACUGGUUAUCACACAGAUGAAGGUUUUUGGAAUGACCCUGCAAAGUACAAGAUCUCAGACAACAGACGGCAUGUUGCUAUUGUCACCACAGCAAGCCUUCCAUGGAUGACAGGAACAGCAAUCAAUCCAUUGUUUCGUGCUGCAUAUCUGGCAAGAAGUGCAAAGCAAAAGGUGACAUUGGUGGUCCCAUGGCUCUCUAAGUCAGAUCAAGAAUUGGUUUACCCAAAUAACAUCACCUUCAGUUCGCCAGAAGAGCAAGAAACUUAUAUAAGGAACUGGCUGCAGGAAAGAAUAGGCUUUGAAGCAAACUUUAAGAUAUCCUUUUAUCCUGGCAAGUUCUCAAAAGAGCGCCGCAGCAUUAUUCCUGCUGGGGAUACUUCACAGUUCAUCUCCUCAAAAGAAGCUGAUAUAGCGAUUUUAGAAGAACCGGAGCAUCUCAACUGGUAUCAUCAUGGGAAGCGUUGGACUGAUAAGUUCAAUCAUGUCAUCGGUGUAGUUCAUACAAAUUACUUGGAAUAUAUCAAGAGAGAGAAAAAUGGUGCUAUUCAGUCUUUUCUUGUUAAACAUAUCAAUAACUGGGUGACUAGAGCAUACUGCCAUAAGGUUUUACGUCUUUCUGCUGCAACUCAAGAUCUACCGAGGUCUGUUGUUUGUAACGUACAUGGUGUAAAUCCGAAGUUUCUUAAUGUUGGUGAGAAAAUAGCAGCUGAUAGGGAGUGUGGACAGAAGGUCUUUUCUAAGGGAGCAUAUUUCCUUGGUAAGAUGGUGUGGGCUAAAGGAUAUAGAGAGCUGAUUGAUUUAUUAUCCAAACACAAAAACGACCUGGAAGGAUUCAUGAUAGAUGUAUAUGGAAAUGGCGAGGACUCUGAAGCUGUCCAGAACGCUGCUAGGAAAUUUGAUUUGAACAUCAAUUUUUUCAAGGGAAAGGACCAUGCAGAUGAUUCACUCCAUGGGUACAAGGUUUUUGUCAAUCCAAGUGUUAGUGAUGUGCUAUGCACAGCAACAGCUGAGGCCCUUGCAAUGGGGAAAUUUGUAGUCUGUGCAGAUCAUCCAUCAAACGAUUUUUUUAAGUCAUUCCCUAACUGCUUAACAUAUAGAACUUCAGCCGAAUUUGUUGCUCGUGUCAAAGAAGCCAUGGCUACUGAACCUCAACCUCUGACCUCAGAGCAACGGUACAGUUUGUCAUGGGAAGCGGCGACUGAGAGGUUUAUGGAAUACUCAGAGCUUGACAAAGUUCUGAACAGAAAUGGUCACCCUGGACGAAAUGGGAAGGUUAACAAAGCAAGAAAGAUACCGUUACUUCCUAAAUUGUCAGAUGUGGUGGAUGGGGGACUGGCAUUUGCUCAUCACUGCCUGACUGGUAACGAAAUCCUCAGAUUAGCGACGGGAGCAAUUCCUGGUACACGUGACUAUGAUAAACAGCAGUGCAUGGAUCUGAACCUGCUGCCUCCUCAAGUUCAACACCCUGUAUAUGGCUGGUGAUCAAACCAGUUCACAUUGAACUAUGUAUAGUCGUAGGAUGUACAUAUUAAGUGAUCCAGUUCCUGUGUACUGACAGGAGCAUGAACUUUUGUAGAGUCUUGGUAAUUCCUAGGGUCCAUCGGGAACCUGCCUUGUUGCACUCUUUGAUUGUAAUUAUACUCCUUUUCGCUAUCCAAAUAGGUUAGUUAUGUAGUUGAAUGAUCUUUAAUCUGAGGUAUGCGUAUACACAUAAUUACCAGUGCCUGUACUCUGAAGUCUUAUGGGACAGCAAGGAUUGUGACUUGUUUCGGUUU